UCUUUGUUCACGUGGAACUUCUCGCAGUGCCGGGUGGGCGUGCAAGAAAGAGAGGAGAAGAGCGCAACUGUUCGGAUACUGAAGCGAGUGAGUGGAGUCUCAGUAACGGGACUACUGAACUUGGAGACAUGGGUCGUGCAAGUGUUUCAUCUUUGAGAGUCACGCUCUGGUGCUGGAGUAUUAUCACUUUGUGCAUCUUUUCUCCUGGGAUUGCCUUUCAGCCAUUUGAGUCCGAGAGGGGCUCUAGUGGGCAACUGGACCUCACAGAGCUCAUUGGUGUACCCUUGCCACCCUCCGUCUCCUUCAUCACUGGCUUUGAGGGCUUCCCCGCAUACAGCUUCGGCCCAGACGCUAACGUGGGCCGCCUUACACGCUCCUUCAUCCCUGACCCUUUCUUCCACGACUUUGCCAUUAUUGUAACAGCCAAACCCACCACACGCCGUGGAGGAGUCCUUUUCGCCAUCACCGAUGCCCUGCAAAAGAUUGUUCACUUAGGAGUAGCAUUAGCGCCAGUGGAAGAUGGAUCACAACAGGUGAUCCUUUACUACAACGAACUCGGUGCGACACACACCAAGGAGGCAGCUUCGUUUAAGAUGGGGGAUCUUACAGGAAGAUGGGCGAGAUUUACUCUGGCUGUACAGGGAGAGGAAGUGAAGCUGUAUAUGGACUGUGAGGAACACCACAGAGUAGCAUUCCACAGGGGCAAGGACAGACUCACCUUCCAGCCCAGCUCAGGGAUCUUCAUAGGGAAUGCCGGAGGCACCAGACUAGAACGGUUUGUGGGCUCUAUCCAGCAGCUGGUGCUGACACCGGAUCCAACCGCACCAAAUGAACAGUGUGAGGAGGAUGACCCCUACGCAUCAGGUUAUGGCAGCGGUGAUGACAUCUAUGAUGACACUGAGACCAACAACGAAGUGAAGAAAGUAGUUGAAGAGAGAGAAUAUACAAUGCCAGAGGAUAUUGAGACAACCCCAGUGAGAGCGCCCCCUACUGAAACUCCACUACUCGAGGUUGAAACAGAUGACGAAGACUUGGAGGAAGGCUCUGGGGAGGACAUAAUGAUCAAAGAGGAAAAAGAACCAAUCAGAUCAGAGGGAGCCACUCAAGACAGAAAUGUCAUUACCAUGCAGAAGGGAGAAAAAGGAGACAGAGGUUUACCAGGCCCGCCAGGACCCCCCGGAGCCCCAGGUCCCACCAUUCCAUCUGGCCCAUCUAGGGAGGGUUCUUCUGGGACAGGAGAGCCAGGGCCCAGGGGCCCACAGGGGCCAACAGGACCACCGGGGGCACCAGGGAAAGAUGGUGUUCCAGGGAAAGAUGGAGCCUCUGGAGAGGUUGGACCUCAGGGAUUUCCGGGCCUUCCUGGCGAUCUAGGUCCCAAAGGAGACAAGGGCGAUCCUGGGGUGGGCCUCCCAGGGCCACCUGGACCACCCGGACCACCAGGGCGUCUUGGGACGUUUAAGUAUCCAGAUAGCAUUGAUGGCUCAGGUUCAAGCUUUGUGGACUUUGACAGUGACACAGAGGUGAUAAGGGGUCCCCCAGGGCCACCUGGGCCACCAGGGCAGCCAGGCCCUCCUGGGCCUUCUGUGGAAGUUCAGCCGGGGCCAAUCGGUCCACCAGGAGUUCCCGGAAAAGAUGGGAAAGAUGGGGAGAUGGGUAAACCUGGAAUUCCGGUUGUUGAGGACUGGUAUAGUGGGUCUGAAUUUGAGUUUGGGUCUGGAUUUGAGCUGGGCUCAAGGCUGGACCCAGCCGAGGGUGCGGAUGGGCGAGGCGGUGAACCAGGCAAAGAUGGAGAAAAAGGGCAAAAAGGUGAACAAGGGUUACCUGGACUCAUUGGAACAAAGGGUGAUCCAGGUCAGCCAGGGGUCCCAGGACAGCCAGGACCUGAAGGUCCCAAGGGGCAACCAGGUCUGCCAGGGCCUCCCGGACCACCAGGAAAAGGCUUCAGCUUUGACAUGAUGGAAUCUGAAGGGUCAGGUCUGGAUGGAAGCAGUGGCUUCAGGCCUAUACUGCCCAGAGGACCACCUGGUCUUCCUGGUCUCCCAGGCCCACCAGGACCACAGGGGAAAGAUGGCGCCAACGGCCCUCCGGGUAUUUCAGUGAAGGGCGAACCAGGUUCGAAAGGUGCUGAUGGACAACCUGGGUUACCUGGAUUGCCAGGACAACAAGGAGGGAAGGGAGAGAAAGGUGACAUGGGUCAGAAGGGAGAGAGGGGCCUGGAUGGAAUUAGUCUCCCUGGGCCCCCAGGGCCUCCUGGACCCCCAGGACCAGUCAUCAAUCUACAUGAUCUAAUGCUCAAUGACACAGAAGGACUUUUUAACCUCUCAGGGAUUUUUGAACCACAAGGUCCUUUGGGGCCAAGAGGUCCAAAGGGUGAUCCUGGAGCCCCAGGGAUCCAGGGGCCUCCAGGUUUAAAGGGUCAGAAAGGAGAUCCAGGGUUGACCUUUACAGAUGGAGUGCUGAUGUCUGGAAUUACUGGGCCACAGGGACCAAAAGGACUAAAGGGAGAACAUGGCGUUCCUGGACCAACUGGAGAGAAGGGACCAAUAGGUCCGACUGGAGCAAAGGGGGAAUUUGGAUUUCCAGGACGUCCGGGUCGUCCUGGAAUGAAUGGACGUAAAGGAGAAAAGGGAGAGUCAACAGGGUUACCUGGUCCGCCUGGUCCUCCCGGCCCACCAGGACGUCCAGGAAUAUUCAACUGUCCUAAAGGAACAGUGUUUCCGGUUCCUCCUCGACCUAACUGCAAAAAGCCCGUUAAUGGAGACACACAAGGGGGAGCUAGCUGCUCAUCAUUUGGAGCCAAAGGGGAAAAGGGGGAGAGGGGUCUUCCAGGAUUACCAUCUCCUUUAAGCAAUACACUGGAAACCAAAAUAACAGGUGAUAAAGGUGACCAUGGUUUUAGGGGAGAGAAAGGAGAAAAAGGUGAAGCCGGGAUGCCGGGGCUACCUGGGGUCCCUGGGAAAUCUGGCUUGGUGGGACCUAAAGGUGAAUCUGUUGUUGGACCGCCUGGUCAUCCAGGACAACGAGGACCCCCUGGUGCACCAGGUUUUGGGAGAACUGGUGUUGCUGGACCUCCUGGUCUACCAGGACCACCGGGCCCACCUGGACAAUACAGCUCUGGCGUCAUGAUCCCUGGCCCACCCGGCCCACCCGGGCCCCCGGGAAGAGCCGCUGAUACCUCAGGCGCUGUCAGGAAAUAUGCAAAUCUUCAAGCCCUGAGACAGCAGACACAUGUGGAUGAGGAGGGAACAUUGUCCUUUGUUACUGAUAUGGCUAAACUCUAUAUUAAAGUGCCAGGAGGCUGGAGAGAAAUUCAGCUUGGUGGCCUGAUUGAGGUGUAUCCAUCCCCCGUCUUCUCACAAGAUGAUGCUGGUCCACUGAUGCUGACACCUCAACUCAGUAAUACACCUAAAAUCCACACAGGAAGCGCACUCAGGUUGGUGGCUCUCAACACGCCGAUGACAGGAAACUUGGGCUCCAUCCAUUCAGUUAACAAGCUUUGCAGGACUCAAGCUCAAGCCAUGGGCAUCCGGGAUGAUUACAAGGCCUUCCUCUCUCAUCACCUUCAGGACCUGAUUGAUGUAGUGCAGUCAAUGUACCGUACAAGCAUGCCAAUUGUCAACUUAAGGGGCGAGGUCCUCUUCAAGAACUGGGAGAGUAUCUUCUCCAACCAUCUCCUCCCUGCCGGCGUCCCUCUUUAUUCUUUUGAUGGGCGGGAUGUGAUGAGUGACCCCUUCUGGCCUCAAAAGGCUGUAUGGCAUGGCUCUUCAGAGAGAGGCAAGCGGCUUGAUGCUUUAAACUGUGAGUCCUGGAGAGCUGGUGACAUGGCCAUCACCGGUCAAGCAUCCUUCCUCUACAGUGGCUUACUUAACCAACAAACCCGCAGCUGCUCCAACCACUUCAUCGUCCUGUGCAUCGAAACCAGCCACGACCACAAAACCAUUGAAGAACUCCAGAAGGCACAGUAUCGCCACAGAAGAUGGUAUUACAGAUACUAAAACCCUUCGUUACCGGCUUUCAACAAACUGGAAGAUGUACAUUUGUUUGGACAGAGAUGCAAUGACAGAACUUCAGCAGGCCCAAAAGCCAAGUGACCAAAAAUUCAUGCUUUUGGCACAAGAACUGACAAUCAGUGCCAUCUUUCUAGAUUGUAGUGUAUUGUCCAUUUCCCAGUGUUGGACAUAAGAGGGUUUGGGCCUUUUUUAAAGACAUUUUGAUGCACUGUACUUUUCAUAUUGCAUUUUUUGGUGUUGAUUUUUUUUUUUUUUUUUUUAAAUCUCGUCAUUUAUUUGUAUGUUAUUUUGUUUGUAUUUAAUUUAAUUUCAGUGUUUUAUUUAUACAGGGGCUGCACAUCAUUCAAAAAUGUCAAGUGACAGGAUAAAUAUGUAAUUUAUAAUUCCAGCUCUUCAAAAUGAAUUAUCAUGCAAUUUCUUGACUCUUUUCAUAAAGCAAUUUUUCAAACUCCAGUUCUUAGAUUAUUCAGUAUGUGACUGUAUUGUCUUCAUAAAUUCUUCACAAGACCCUUUUCUGUAGAAUUUCAUAAAACGAAUAAAUUUAAGCAGGUUUUUGUCUAUUAAAUAAAACUCUUUUUUUCAAAAAACG